GGAUAGUGUAGAAACUUGACAAUCCCAUUCAGAAAACGAUCACUAGCUGUUGGACUUGGACAUCCCGAUCUGACCGCAUCUUCCCAUGGGUAACCUUAGAUGAAGAAGAUUAAUGAGUUUGUAGACCAAAUGAGAUGGUGCCCACACGGGUCUCCUUUGAUCCAUAUUUUCCACAUCCAAAUAUCUCGAUCUAUCCACCCACGGAUGAGCUUGGGCCAGCAAGAAUGGUGUUCUAGGACCAGCUAAAAGUAACUCUGAUAAAAUAGUGGGGACACGGCACUUGAUGUGAACACCACUAACCAUCCUAAUAUCCAAACAAAAAAUGUUCAAGAAUUUUCGCAACUUGUGUCCGGCUCUUCCAUGGAAACAUCUUGGCAUUUUCCGCAACAUCUAGUGGCACCAUAAAGAGGGUGCUGAUCACCCGUCAAAUGGGCUGAAAAAAGAAUACAGGAAAAGUUAUGUGUGAGGAGUGUAAAUUAAUUUGGAGAGAUGCGCAUGGCCAUAGAUAUCCGAGUGAUGCAACCCGAUUGCCACAGGCUGACUCCAACCCCUCAAAUUGAAUAGUUCACCUUGGCCCAACUUUACUUUUUCUAAAAUGUGCUACCCUCUCUCUAGGUUCACUUCGUGCUAAAAUACGCGCCUUUCAUCAUCUUUAUAAGCGUGUUACGUUUAUCCUCACCCACCCAUCGUCUUCUAGUGCUGCUUUCUCGCUCUCGAAAGGCUUGAGAGAGAAUGGGAUUUCUCCGAUGUCCCUUGUCUUGCCAUAAAGAGAAAGAAUCUCAAUCUCGAGCUCAAGCUCAAGCUCAAGCUCAAGCACAAGCACAUCACCUUCACUCAGAUUCUUCAUGCCUUCAUUCAGAAUCAUCAAACUCUCUCGCUUCUCAACCAAGUCUACCAUCUGUUCCUUCUCUCACCUCCCAAUCCCGACGGCAUGAACAAGCCAUCACCACCCACCACCACUGCAUUUCCACUCUCAAAGGCCACUCCUCCUAUGUCUUCUCCCUCGCCCUAGCCGGAAAAUUCCUCUACAGUGGCUCUUCCGACAAGGAGAUUCGGAUAUGGAGCAGAGAUCCUUCGAGGCUAGAGACUUCUAACGACAACGGGGUAGCUCUAGGCAACGGUGCGGUGAAGUCCCUGGUGGUUUUGGGAGAUAAACUAUUCAGUGCCCACCAAGAUCAAAAAAUUAGAGUGUGGAAAGUCGACAACGAUUCUCCUCACCAAAAAUACAAGUGCAUGGCCACACUCCCAACGCUGAGUGAUCGUGCCUUGAAACUCUUUUCAGCCAGUAACUAUGUACAGGUGCGUAGGCACAAGAAAUGCACAUGGGUUCAUCACGUUGACACCAUAUCUGCAUUAGCCUUGUCAGAAGAUGGCUCUCUCCUAUACUCCGCUUCCUGGGAUCGAACGUUCAAAAUUUGGAAAACCACCGACUUCAGAUGUCUGGAGUCAGCGGAAAAGGCACAUGAUGACGCGAUCAAUGCACUAGUGCUGUCCACCGAUGGGAUUGUUUACACUGGUUCCGCUGACAGGAAAAUCAAGGUGUGGAAGAAGCAUGAAGGAGAGAAGAAGCAUAGGCUUGUGGCUACACUAGAGAAACACAAGUCAGCUGUUAAUGCCUUAGCUCUUAGCCCUGAUGGAUCAGUGUUGUAUUCAGGUGCAUGUGAUCGAUCAAUUAUUGUAUGGGAAAAAGAUACUAGUUCCAGUGGUGGGCACAUGGUGGUUGCUGGUGCACUUAGAGGGCACACCAAGGCCAUUUUAUGCCUGGCCAUUGUCUCGGAUUUGGUGUUCAGUGGAUCGGCCGAUAAGACAGUUAGGAUUUGGAAGAAGGGACUUCAGAGGAGCUAUUCUUGUUUGGCCGUCUUUGAAGGACACAGAGGCCCAGUUAAGUGUUUGACUGCUGCCGUUGACAAUUACAAUGGCAGAAGCAAUUCCGACGAUGAUGCUGCUUAUCUUAUUUACAGUGGUAGUUUGGAUUGUGAAAUUAAAGUCUGGCAAUUAAGGAUUCAGUGUGUUUGAUAUAUGCCAUUUUCCUUUUUGUACAUAGCUUCAGAAAAUUAUUAUAGGAUUUUGAGAUGUGUUAGUUUUAAUGGUUUCUUGACUGUAAAGUCUGGAAAUCCAAAGAUCGUGAUGAUUUUAUACUCUGGAUUUUGAAGGGAACUUUCCUUGAUCUUUUGUGUGAAGUUGAAUUCAUAUACUGGCACAAA